AUGAUGGAACACGCUGGACUGGGAAAGAGCUACUGGGGUGAAGCAGUGAUGACGGCGAUGUUUCUUCGAAACCGCUGUCCAACACGUGCCAUUCACCAAGACAAGUCUCCAUAUCAAGUGUGGACGAUGAAGAAACCGAUUCUGGCCAACCUUAAAGUGUUUGGAUGCCACGCGUAUGUUCAAGUGCCUCAAGACAAACGCGCGAAGUUCGACUCCAAGUCAUCACUCUGUCGUUUCCUGGGAUACGCCGAACACCAGAAGUCAUAUCGAUUUGAGGAAGUGUCAACAGGAGCGAUCAAGAUCAGUCGCGAUGCCACAUUCAUGGAAGACAAGUUUGAUGAAGGUCCGCGCAACUACAACGAUGAGUCAAGUGUCGUUGAGUUUGAUGAUCAUGAUGAGGACGAAGAAAAAGAAGAAGGUAAAACUGACGACGACAUGGACUCGAGCGACGAUGACAACGAAGACACCAGGUCUUCGAAGAGCAACAUCAAGAGACACACGCGCACUCAAUCACUUGAGAAAGCUACCGUCAUUCCAAGUCCCAAGCGAAGAACAUACAGAGGUCCGUCGCUUGAGCAUGUGUCAGCGGCUGCAAUGGAUUUUGAAGCAGCCUACAUCGUUGAUUCAGUGGGGGAAACGCCGACUACAUUCAAGUCGGCGAUGGAAUCAAGCGACUCCGGCAAGUGGAAAGAAGCGUGUGACUCGGAGUUCGACUCGCUUCAGAGAAACGACACGUGGGAAAUCGUGCCUCUUCCGAAAGGUCGCAAGGCUAUCGGGUGCCGAUGGGUUUUUCGUGUAAAGGAGAAUCAAGAUGGCGAAGUUGAACGUUUCAAGGCAAGACUUGUGGCCAAAGGAUUCUCACAGAAAUUCGGAGUUGACUAUGAAGAAACUUUCGCACCGGUGGCCAAGUUCACAUCGAUUCGUGUGGUGCUCAGUAUGGCGGCUAAGUACGGCCUAAUGCUACAUCAGAUGGACGUCAAGACAGCGUUUCUUAACGGCUCCCUCAACGAAGACAUCUACAUGGACCAGCCGGACGGAUACCUGGAUGCAACACAGCCGGACUAUGUGUGCAAGCUAAAGAGAUCACUCUACGGCUUGAAGCAAUCGCCUCGCAUGUGGAACCAAACAAUCGAUGGGUUCAUGAUCAAGAUGGGAUUCAAGAAGUGCGAAUCGGACCACUGCAUCUACAUCAAGCGAGACGACCAAGACAUGAUUCUCGUGGUACUCUACGUCGAUGAUCUCAUCCUGGCCAGCAGCAACAACGAACUCCUCAAGUCAACCAAGAUGGCGCUGAGCAAACGCUUCGAAAUGACGGAUCUCGGUGAGCUCGAUUACUUUCUCGGCAUGGAGAUCAAGAACGACCGUAAGACGGGAAUGGUGACUGUACAACAAACCAAGUUUCUCAAGUCCGUGUUAACCAAGUUCGGAAUGGAUAACAGCAAGCCAGUGAAGACGCCUCAAGAUCCCGGCCUGAAGCUAACCAAGAACAUGUGUGAACAAGAAUGCAAGCACGAAGACACCAUGUGCAACGUGCCAUAUCGAAGUGCUGUCGGAGGCAUCAUGUAUCUCAUGGUCGCCACACGUCCGGAUCUAGCUGCUGCAGUGGGAUCAUUAUCCCAGUUCUCGUCCGACCCAUGCCCGACUCACUGGCAAGCUUUGAAGCGUGUGCUGAGAUACCUGCAAGCAACGCCCAAUCAUGGUCUUGAGUUUACACGUGAAGAAGGAAGCCGUAUCUGCGGGUACACCGACGCAGACUGGGCCGGCGACAUUGAGUCAAGACGAAGUACAAGCGGCUAUGUGUUCAUGAUGAGCGGAGGAUGCAUCAGCUGGAAAAGCCAGAAACAACGGACGGUCGCGCUAUCUUCAACAGAAGCAGAAUACAUGGCGCUUUCCGAAGCAACCAAAGAAGCAGUAUGGCUCAAAGUGCUUUUGGGGGAACUUGGUGAGAUGACAAGCGACGAAGCGAUCAAGAUGUAUGAAGACAACCAAGGAUCAAUCGCUCUCGCCAAGAACCCGGAGUUCCAUAAGAGAACAAAACACAUCGACAUACGCUACCAUUUUGUGCGUGAGAAGGUGGAAUCAGGUGAAGUCGUUUUGGAGUAUUGCCCGACUCAAGAUAUGCUGGCAGACAUGAUGACCAAGCCGAUCGCCGCUGUACAAUUUGAAAACAUUCGCGAUCGACUUGGGAUCCAAGGUGCCGCAGCUAACGAGUCGAGAGGGAGUGUUGAAAAGACAGCGGCUGUAAAGAAGACACCUCGUCAAGCUGCGUCAAGUGUUGAAGCAAGUGGAAGACCAAGCCUCGCUAUACCGGUGGGUACCGGUAUGUACCAGUAA